UCGGGUCAUUUUCAAUACUCCUUUUGAGCUAAAACAAACCCCCUGCGGCUUUGGGUUCUAGUCUUCUAGAAGCUUCUGGUCUUCGAUUGAGUUGUAGAGUUCUGUGUCCUGACUCGUUUGGCCGUACCUUGACCAUUCCAUUGGAACCUGCCACCUCACACUAUUAUAGGUGGAGGUAAGACGGUAACUCAGCUUACCAACUUCAGCGAAUAGGAAGAAAUCACCUUUCGUUGGGAUCUGAAUCCGGUCUUCACUUUAUUCAGCAAAUUACUAAGUUUCAAUGAUUGUAUACGUUAAAUAAUGAUUAAGAUCUUCUCAAACGACAUGUAAGCAAAAGGCUCUUUUAUAGCGUGUCCAAGGAAAAAGGGAAUCAGGCGAGGAGAUGCUUCUAUAGGUGUUCAAAAUUGAGGUUAAGACGUCACUGCUAGAAAUAUGGCCAAGCAUCAUCCUGAUUUGAUCAUGUGCCGGAAGCAGCCAGGAAUAGCCAUCGGGCGACUUUGUGAGAAGUGUGAUGGGAAAUGUGUGAUUUGUGAUUCAUACGUCCGUCCUUGCACACUUGUCCGAGUUUGUGAUGAGUGCAACUAUGGAUCCUUUCAAGGUCGUUGUGUCAUCUGCGGAGGUGUUGGCAUUUCUGAUGCUUACUAUUGCAAGGAAUGUACUCAGCAGGAGAAAGAUAGGGACGGUUGUCCAAAGAUAGUCAAUCUCGGUAGUGCCAAGACCGAUCUGUUUUAUGAACGUAAAAAAUAUGGUUUCAAGAAGAGAUGAGGGCUGGAUACUUCUUUCUACCCUUCGAUGAAGUUCGCUACUGGAGUUUUGUACUAGUAUGACGGUGUCAAGUCAAAAUUAGGCAUUCGAGUACAGGCUAUGUAACUUGUUCACUAUAUUUCCAUGGAUCAUGCUGUAUUACAUGCUGGUAUCACAAUAAACCCAUGCAACAAUAUCCCAACGUUAAUUGACUGUUCGAACAUCUAAUUCCUUUCUAUCGUGAUUGUUUUUUCUGUA